UCGGAAGUCGGCGUGCUCAUCGCAACCCCUACUUUGUUGCUGUUCGAGGGUGGGGGUACGCAGCGCCCACAACAGAGUUCCCCCACUACCUCUACUCAAGGAACCGCUCGAGAAUGUGUUUGUGAGCAGUUCUAUGUAGUGUUUAAUACACAGUUCACAGUAGGCAUGGAGAGGGUGUCUGCUGCCAUCAUCUGUUCCGUGGAACUGUGUUAUGUCGUAUGCAGUAACUGUCCCUAAUAUAUCGUAGAAAUAUCUCGUGAUUUCAGAGCGUCAAAUGGCUAACUCAUUAGAUGCCGUCGACUGGGAAGACCUAAGGAGGCAAGCAAGACAUUUAGAAAAUGAGAUUGACGCGAAACUUGUCGCAUUCAGCAAGCUUGGUGUUAACACAGGUUCCAAGCUUGUUAACAGCGAUGAAGUACCACUUUUAGACGAGGAACAUGUUUUUGAAAACAUGGCUUCUGAAAUAGAAGCGUUGUUAGCUAAAUUGUUCUCUAUAAACGAGAGAAUGAGUGAGUUACAACCAAAUGGUGCUGCAAUGCUGCAUACUAUGCAGCGUCAUAAAGAUAUAUUGAAAGAUUACAAAUUGGAAUUCAAUAAGAUUAGAAAUAAUUUUGCAGCAAGAAGAGACAGAGAAGAUUUACUUGGAAGCGUUCGCAAAGAAAUAGACAACUAUAAAAGUGUAAGUGGGCUGAAUCGCAGAGAGAUGUUCAUGAAGGAAAAUCAGCAUAUUCAUAAUUCAGAUCGAUUAAUCAAUGAUCAAAUAAGUAUAGCAAUGGAGACACGGGAUCAUUUGAUGACUCAAAGGCAAGCGUUUAAACGCAUACAGACUAGGCUGAACGAUAUAUCGAAUCGUUUUCCAGCAGUGAACAGUCUGGUGCAAAGGAUAAAUUUGCGCAAGAGACGAGACUCCCUUAUACUUGGUCUUAUUGUUGGCUUUUGCACGUUUCUAAUGCUUUUAUAUGCUUUUCAUUAAAUAACAUUCCAUACCAAAGUACUUCCACCCCAAUGGGUUAGUGAUCCAUCAAUGCAGAUGCAUAUAAAUACAUAAAAAUGAGGAGUAUUUGAUUAUGUAUUCGGUAAUUGCAAACGUUUCGUCCGUUUUGAGUAAUAGAACAUUCUAUUUCUUUAUACUCUUAUUGAUAGUCUAUGUGUCUGUAAUUGUCUUAUUUUCUAUUUCUUGUUCCUACAUAGGCAAUGCACAUUGAUCUACAGAAAAUAAAUGAAAAUAUUUUUAUUACUCAAAACCGACAAAACUUUUACAAGUUACUAAUAUACAUUACACAAAUAGGAAAUAUUGAAAUCGGAAAGAAUUGUGCACUAUGCUGCGUGAAUGACUGAGCGAAUGUGUUUAAAAGUGAGAUAUAAAAAAUGGAAAUGUUAUGCUGUACAGUUUUUUUUAUACCUAAUGUAGGUCGUGGGUGAGACUAUGUAUAGGAUUUGAAUCCACGAUUGACACGUUAAUUUAAUAAAUGUUAAAAAUCAACGAAAGUUUUACCCAUUUUUAAAAUUGUAUUUGUACUAUUUUUUCUAGUUUCCUAUAUGUAUGAUAGAUAAAUCGACUUGUAUAUAUGUAAAAGAAAUGAUAAAAUGUUUUCUACUUAUUGCCAGUACAACAAACUAUACUCACAAGAUU